AUGCCGUCCAACAAUGCCUUGGGGAUGGAUAUGUGCCGUACCAACGAGCCAUGGUUCGAUGCCAACAGAUCCUUGCACUUCACAUUGAAUAUCGGUGGCCUAGCAUCUGAGUCGCAGAGGAAUCUUUCAGGACUUGUUGACGCUCACCGGACAAGAAAUGGAACAUACGAGUUUACCAAGAAGAUCAAAUUCAGCCUAAUAAAAGACGAGCUGGAGAACCAAAUUCGGGAUCUAAAUGACGCAACCUUCACACUGCGCAAGAUUCGAGAACUCGGGACAAAAAAGAUGGAUGUGGCCCUUCAAUCAACAUCUCAGCCAGCCACAAGGUUUACUUCAGCCGUUGCGUCUACUCAACAAUACGCCAAGUGGUUGUAUUCUGCAAUCGCCACUGGUUAUGCCGUUGGUUGCCACCCGGUGCACGAGGUCAGGCUGUGGCUGUCGAGCAGGGCAAUACUUUGGGACAGGAAGAAAGGAUUUGGUGUCCGGAAACCUGCUGUGGCAUUCACUGUGGCAUUUUCUCCUGACGAUGCGGACGAAGCGCGCAUGCCACGGUACAUAACGGAGGUGGAGGUCCUCGAAGAAGAGCUGGAUGCUUGUCAGGACAGGGGACAAACUCAGAAGCAUGUGAAGGUGACUAUCCAAGAACCCGCAGAAUCAUGCAGGGUACGACCGAAGAGCCUGCAAGACCUGUGCGACUCAAUCGCUCAAGCGCGAGGCGACAGCCAAAGUCUCCAACUCUACCUUUCACGUGAUGGGCAUCUGUGUUAUCUCUGUCAACCCUUGAAGUCCGAUGCCCACGAGGUUAAUAUAGUCGAAGGAAAAGAAGAUAUACUGUCGUUAGAGGAUAUUCUUCUGCAGACGGCAGAGGCGAGUCCACCUUCAGCUCUUCGGUUGACCCUCAAUCAGCGCAUGGGACUUGCAUUCAAUAUUGCGUCCUCGAUGAUGCAACUGCACUCAACACCAUGGCUUUGCGCUCCUAUAACUAGCAGGGCUUUGUAUUUUGAACGCGGUACUGAGCUAUGUAUGUGUAAGAGGACGCCACCAAGCGCAGUCUUCUUGCAGCCUUUUAUUCGCCAUGAGUUUACCACAGUUGCUGAGGAUAACUGCGCAAAUUCUCCCUGUGGUCCAAAGCGAUGCAUGCUUGAUCUGGGUAUUGUGCUCUUAGAGCUGUGGCAUGCGAAGACCUUUAGCACAUAUCUCAUGGAAGAAGGCUUGCACCUCGAUAAUAGCCUCGGAAGCCGGUAUGAUAUGGCAGUACGUUGGUUGAACAGCAGCACAUACCAUAUCUUACCGUUUUAUCUUGACGUGGUGACGCGUUGUAUCGAGUGCACCUUUGCGACUAACAGUGUUGCACCUGAAUGGCGUGAUAUCAUGUUCCGCAAAUCUGUCUAUGAGCAUGUCCUGAAACCUCUUUGGGAUAAUUGUCCAGCCGAGCUCCGAUAA